AUGGAUGGGCCCAUAUACACUUUCAAUUAUAAUGCUGACAAAGGAAAAGCCAAGAAUGAUAAUAGUGUCCAGUGGAGCUGGUGCUCGGUAGAUGAUAGGGCUACACUGCCGGUGGUAAAUGAGACGCAACAAAUCUCAGCCUUUGGGCUCCACUUUCUACUUCUUUCUCUAACCGAUAUGGUGAAGCUACUUGUUGAAACAAAACACGACUAUGUAGAGUAUUCGGUUGGUGAUGUUCAACUUGUUAGAUAUUGUGUUCUUGGACUUAGUUGGUUUUUUAGGAGGGCUGGCUUUGAGGGAGAGUGA